AUGUCACUAAUAACUGCAAACUACGCCGACACUCCGCUGGCACCAUUAGGCCAUGCUGUGCUAUUUCACGUUAUGUGGGUGGAAAACAUUUCGAGAUCGAGGCUAAACCAACUCGAUGAGUGGAGAGAACACGUUGAUCCCAAUAACGCGUCAGCGGACCGCCUAAAGAAGAACAAGGUCAUCAGAGAAGUCAACAUGGACGAUCAAGACAGUUCGGGGCCGCCUGAGGGCUCUUGUAUUGUGUACAAGCUACUUCUACGAGAUAACGCCAACAAUUUCACCUAUGCCUAUGAGCAGGAACCGCUUCCAUUUUUGCGAAGAGAAACCACGGGAACACCGAUGCCGAUCAAGUUGGGAGGGCGGAUACUCGUCAAACAAGGAACGCAGAUAUUGAGAGGUGCUCUUCUUCUAAAUCACAAAAAUUGCGAGUAUAAAGGUAUACAUCCAGGGGACGGAGGCUUAGUUGCAACCUUGAAUGAAGGCGUAGCAGCUCGAGCAAUCGAUCUCUUGUCAAGUCUGAUGACCCUGACCGUGGCCCUGACCGUGGCCCUGAACCCACCCCGCUAA